AUGCCCGGAUCCCGAUGGAGGCGGCUUCUUUUGAGGCCGUGGCAGAAAGAGGCUCUGCAAGCGUUGUUCCAGCAGAACCGGUACCCUGGCAUCACCACCAGAGAACGACUGGCCCGAGAGCUAGACAUUCCAGAGUCCAGGAUCCAGGUGUGGUUCCAGAACGAGCGCACCAGACAGCUCAGGCAGAGCCGAUUGGCGUCUGCAAACUCCCAAGGGGAAGGGCCAUCGUGUGGACAGGAACAGCCUCCAGAGGACAGGAGAAAACGGACAGCCAUUUCUCCAUCCCAAACCAGUCUCCUCCUUCAAGCCUUUGAGAAGAACCCAUUUCCUAGCAUUUCUACCAGAGAACAGCUGGCCAGACUCACAGGCCUCCCGGAAUGCCGCAUUCAGGUCUGGUUCCAGAACAGAAGAGCUCGGCACCCAGGGCAGAGCAGAAGUGGCUCCGCGAAUGACCGGGCGGAGGAGCCUCCGGGACCCUUGGAAGCGCCCCUCAGUGAGGAAGACUUUCAGGCCCUGCUGGCCAUGCUGCACGAUUCCACAUGGCCUCACGCCUAG